ACGGCGGGCAGAACAGGCGGGUGGGAGUGGGGAUAGGGGUAGAAAAUCCAACAGCUCCUGCACGAAUCUCCAGCACCGGAAGCUAUAUAAGAAAAAAACUACCGGAAGGUUUUCCGAUCUCCACCAGUAGAGAUAAAAAAACAAAGGAGUAUUGUACAGCCCAACUCAAGCCUUACAGGCCCAGCCCAUCGUCCACAGCAGGCAACUUCAGGCUUUAUCAGGAGGGGUUCUCGGCCGGCGCCGCCGGCCGCCGCACUUCCCUUGCUGCUCUCGCUUGCGCAGCCACGCCGCCCCUGCUUCUCGCCGCCGUCGCUCGCAGACAUGGAUCUCAACCCCGACGGCGCCUCGCCCGACCCCUACGGCGGCGGCGUCCUCCACCUCGUAUGCGAAUACUGCAGCUCCGCCGACGACUACAGCGCCGACGACGCUGAAGAGGGGAUGUUCACGUGCCGCAGGUGCUUUGCCGUGCACGCCACGCAGGCAACCGCCGCCGACGCGCACGACUUUCUCGCCACCGGCAGCAUCUCCGUCCGCCGCGUCGCCACCCACACACCCGCGCCCUACCCGAGGACCCCUCACGCCCCCGCCCCCGCCCGCGCCCCUGCCCCCGCCGGGUUCGACGACUUCCUGGAGCCGAGCGAGCCGCGGGAUUUUGCGCCCAGAGUCGGGGCGUGGGGGCAGCCCGAGGAUCUAGCGGCGCGGGUGCGCUGGCGCUACGUGAGGGGGCUCCAGGUCAUUCUGCAGCGGCAGCUGGAGGUGCUGGUGGAGCGCCACCGGGUGGGCGCACUCGUAUGUGGCGUCGCUGGCAACAUCUGGGUGCGGUGGGUCGCCGCAUCCAAGGUGUUCGACGAUAUGUGGGCGCGCCAGGCGCUCGCGGACCACGACAAGCGUUCUGGCGGUGGAGACGAUAGUAUCUUUCCGCAACAAAAAGACAGGCGCAGGGUUGAGUUUGCCUUUCUGCGCUCCCUGAGGGCGUUGCUGCCCAUUUACUCGACACUGGCAGUUUGUUUCUUGGCCUGUCAUGUUGCCCGUGAGGCCAUCCUACCUAGUGACAUUUACAGGUGGGCAAUGGAAUCCAAAAUCCCUUAUCUGGCAGUGUUUACUGAAGUGGACAGGCUCCUUGGGAGCUCACUGUACCAGCAACGCUGCCCUUUGGAUGCAAGGCAGCUGUUCAGGCCGGUGCAAGUUAUUGGAGCAUGGCAACUAGAAGCUGCUGCUGGAUCCAUAGCACAAAGAAUAGGCUUGAGGCUUCCUUCAGUUAACUUUUAUGCAAUUGCUCAAUGUUGUUUGAAAGACUUGGCACUGCCUGUAGAUAAAAUCCUUCCCCAUGCAUGCCGAAUUUAUGAGUGGGCAAUGCCUGCAGAAUUAUGGUUGUCCAGUAAUCCUGCUAGAGUCCCUACACGGGUUUGUGUGAUGGCUAUACUUGUAGUGACUCUACGAGUUCUGUAUAACAUCAACGGUCAAGGCAUAUGGGAGAUUUGUGAGGAAAGGAGAAACGCAGGUGGAUCUGCUCCUGAUGAAAAUUCAUCAACUUUCAGGAUUCUUGAUGACAGUAACAGCGAGGAGUUUGGCAUGAGAGAACUGUUGUGUGCUAUUGCAGCUGCCUAUGAUAAAAUCAAUGUUGUGCAUGACUACUCAAGUGACCUCCGUUCUUAUCUCAAAUACUGCAAGGAAGUUAUUUUUACUGGGCUUACAUGUUCAACGGAAGAGGAGCAUCUCAUAGAGAUCUUUCGGGAUAUGUUCAAGGCUACAGAGGAUGACAAUCCAAAAGAUCAUGUAAAAUCCCAGUCUCAAGGUGUUGAAGAAAUGACAAUUACAGAUGGAGUGAAAAAGCGCUCCCGGGAUGGAACAUUUAUUGAAGCAAGUUGCAUUUCUUCAUCUUCAGAUGAUGAUGCAAUGCAAAUCAUCAAGUCAGAGAUGCAAGAUCAUGGAUUUCAUUAUAUGCCACCUAGGAAACCAAGGAAAUCUGAUGGUUAUCUUCGUUAUAGGAGGAGGAGACUAAGUGGUGGCUUUGUUUAUGUUGCGCAUGCUGAUUACUACAUGUUGCUACGAGCUUUUGCAAAGCUUGCAGAAGUUAAUGUUUGUAUCAUGCAUAUUAGUGUGUUAAAUCUUGAGAAGAGACUUGCAUGUAUUGAGGAUCGAAUUGAAAGAAGCUUGAACACCUUACAGAACCUCUCUAGCCAACCGAAAGAUGAGCUAAGGCCUGUAUCAGAUUGAAGUUCUUGAUAGAGUGUCGUACUCUGCCAACAUAUGGUGGAUUCAACAACAGUUUCAUUAGCAAAACUCACUGGUUCAUGGCAGCAUUAAUACUUAGGGAUCAGCAAUGGUGAGGCAGUGACAGUUUGUGAACUGGAUGGCAAGAGAAAAAGGUUGGAAUCUGCACCAAAGUCACUGAACAGGUUGGUUGGAACCAACAGGAAGGAUAAUCCUUUUCUGUUCAUUGCUUAUGUUGCAAAUCCAUCUUUCAUCAACAUCAAGUUGAUGAAUGAGGAUCAUGAUGUUUGAUCCUUGUUAUACACUAAAAAGCUUCUUAGAGUUGCUGAUGCAAUCAUUUUCGGAAUCAUUUCUGCAAUAUUGUACUUGUUUGCUUGCAGGCUUUCAAUCGCAUAAUAGUGAUUUUGGCACUGAAACUAACUUAAAAGGGAUGACAUGCAAAUAAAACUUUUGCAUCUUGGGAAA